AUGAGGUGGAAGAACCAGAGCAGUGUGUCCGAAUUCCUCCUCCUAGGGCUCCCGAUCAGACCAGAGCAGCAGGGCAUGUUCUUCGCUCUGUUCCUGGGCAUGUACCUCACCACAGUGCUGGGGAACCUGCUCAUCAUCCUGCUCAUCAGAUUGGACUCUCGCCUCCACACCCCCAUGUACUUCUUCCUCAGCCACUUGGCACUCACUGACAUAUCUUUCUCAUCUGUAACUGUCCCUAAGAUGUUAAUAAAUAUGCAGACUCAGGACCAAUCCAUCCUCUAUUCAGAGUGUAUAGCACAGAUGUAUUUUUUCAUAUUUUUUACAGAUCUGGACAAUUUCCUUCUCACCUCCAUGGCAUAUGAUCGGUAUGUGGCCAUCUGUCACCCCCUCCACUACACCACCAUCAUGAGAGAGGGGCUUUGUACCACACUCGUAGCUGUGUCCUGGCUCCUCUCAUGUGCCAGUGCCCUGUCUCACACCCUCCUCCUGGCUCGUUUGUCCUUCUGUGCUGACAAUACCAUUCCCCAUUUCUUCUGUGACCUCGCUGCCCUGCUGAAGCUGUCCUGUUCAGACACUUCCCUCAAUGAGAUGGUCAUUUUCACAGUGGGAGUUGCAGUAAUUACUCUCCCAUUAAUAUGCAUCCUUAUUUCUUAUGGUCACAUAGGGGCCACCAUCCUGAAGGUUCCAUCUACCAAGGGAAUCUGCAAAGCCUUGUCCACUUGUGGAUCCCAUCUUUCUGUCGUGUCUCUGUAUUAUGGAACAAUUAUUGGUCUGUAUUUUUUCCCCUCAUCCAGCAACUCCAAUGACAAGGACAUAAUUGCUUCCGUGAUGUACACAGUGGUCACCCCCUUGCUGAACCCUUUCAUUUACAGCCUAAGGAACAGAGACAUGAAGGGGGCACUGGAGAAAUUCUUCAAUAGGGCGACAGUCGCUUCUUGA